AUGGGGGUAAUUCCACGCGAAAUUCUGCCCUGGUCAGCUAAAUCAUGAACAGCCCAUUCAUGAUCAAUACAUCUUCAAUCUUGCGAGUUUUGCGUUUCUGGCUGAGCGUCGAGUCCGUUACAUCCACGAUAGAAUCUUCUGUGAUCUCAGUCGUUUGCUUCGGCAGCCCAUGGCUGGGUACCUUAGACCGAGGUUGUGCGGUCUUUCUGAGGUGUCGACGGGGACAGGUUCCUGCGCAGCGGGAAAGACGAUGCCAGAGAUGGGAGUGCUGUCGCCGCUGAAUUGCGGUCGGCAGACGGGCAAGCAAGCUUCUUCUAGAGUGAACUACUUUGGCAACAGUGGACGAAAACAGGGGGCAGUCCAUUGA